AAUCACAGACUUAAUAUGGCCGAGGAUCUGAAGCGACGAUUGCAUUUUGGCGAUCCAGGCCUAUGCCUGGGAGCAGCCGCCAAACUCUACGGUCAAGUUGUGAGGCAGAAAGAGAAGAUUGCUGGCAGUGGUCCUAUUAACAGCCAGACGCCCCAGAUCGCAGAGCUCAAGAUCCUAUGGGACCAGUGCACAGUGGAGUCCAACUCUGUAUCAAUUGCCUGCAGUGAGACCCUUGUUUCUCUUGUCCGUGACGGCCAUGCAGAUUUUUCCUACGUCAUGAGAGGCCUGCUCAACGUCAUCCCCUCAGCAGUUAGCUGCAUAGGAGCUGUGCAGGCUCUGAGGCAGCUGUUACUUCUGGACAUGCAUGCUUGUGUUGCUGCUGAAGGAACGUAUCACUGUCGGUUUGGUCUGAGGAACCCGCCUCAUCCAUUCAUCUCAGCAUUGACCAGCAGACCAGAUUGCUGGCCGAUCAUACUGCAGGAAGUAUCCAAGCUACUCCAUGCGACAGAUGAAAGGUUCUCUUGUCAUAAUGUACGAAUGCUCAGUCCCUUCCUGUCUUACGUUAUGUUGAAUCCUACCACACCGCAUCAGCUAAUCACCUUCAAGGUUUUGCUGGCCGAAACUCUGCUGCAGGCUGGCACAUCUACGGGUCCUGUUGCCAUGGAUAUUUGCACUUUUUUUCUGGAUUGUCUUCAUCAGAUGAAGGUCAAAAACUUGCAAGAACUGAGUGAAGUCAACGUGUAUCUUGUCAAACUGGCAAACGUUGUGCAGGCUCAGGAGGAGACUAACAAAACGUUGCUGAAGUCACUUUCCAUCGCGGCGUUCACAUUGUGCAAAGAGUGUGUGACCUUUGGCCACGACGUGACCCCUUGCAUAAAGGUCGUUGGCAUGGCGAUGGAGUCAUGUGACAUUGAUCUGGUGGAUGAAUCAGUGAUUUGCUGUCUGAGCUGGCUGUUGCUUAAGGUUCCUCCUGAUCAACUCAAAGGGCUACUCUCUGUCGCUUGGAAAAUCGUGAAUGCUUGUGAACACGAAGAGCAAACUUACACGUCCGGCCUGAAAAUGUUGCUCCUUCCUCUGCUGCGGAUAAUAUCGACACCUGUUUAUACAGAAGUCACCAUGGAAAGGCAGGAAAGAUCAGCCAAUCAGAAACAAGCGUCACAGUUACUGUCUUGUGUCAGUAGAAUUGUUCAGCAGGCAAAGAGAAGGCAGUUACGACAAAAGGAAAAGAUUCCCAAUCACAGCCUGAAUGCCUGGUACCAGCUGAUGCAAAGGUGUGGCCAGCUGUCCCGUACCCUGAUGGGUCAUCCCAAGGCUUCACAUGAUUGGUUGUUCAACCUGCAGUCCAGUUUAUCCUCGGUGGACAACGUGUCACCUCUGGUUGUGCUGAUCGUGUCCUCCCUGUUUUGGGAGAAAGAAGCGGAAGUGGUGCAGGCUUCUCUGAACGUUCUGAUCAACAUUGCAAGUCGGGAUUGUUCUUGGGCUCCCAGCCUGCUACCUCUGUUACUCUACAGGCUUAGUCAGGAGCAUGACCCAGCCAUGACCUUUGACCUGCUGUCUGCCAUCCCAAAGACUGCGACGCACAAAGUCUGCAUGACAGCAGUGAUCCGAGCAUUGCAGUCCCUGGCAAUGGGGGAUGCAGCAUUGACUCCACUAGUGCUGAGGCUCACAACACAGCUGUGGAAAUUACAGGACAGAAGCUUCCCCCACCUUCAGAAACUGCUUUCUCAGUCACCAAGUGGCAUCCCAGGCAGUGAGGAUACAGCCUAUGAGUUGCUUCUAGCUAAGGCUGCUAGCAUCAGGGACGUGUGUGAAUUACGACCCCACCAUGGAGCUGAUCUCCUUCCAUUGCUGUCCAAGCUCUUAAACGAAUGUACAAGUGACAGAGAGUCAAGCAUAGCGGCCAUGGCCUUAGAUGCUCUGUAUACGUUAUGUCAGGCUGAGGUAGUGGACCUACGCACCAUGUGGGCUGUACUGGCCCCUAAACUCACCAAGGAUAACAGACCUCUUGUUCUGCAGAACCUGUGCAAACUUCUUGGCUCAGCGCCAGGUUUACUUGCAGACAGUCAAGACAGUGAGGACUUUUGUGAUGAAGUUGUGGAGCUAUUGUGGAAGUACAGUAACCAUGGCAACCCAGUUGUAUCUUCUGCUGCAUUCACUGCACUGGCCAACUUUCAAGAAGAUGACUUCACACUGGAUGACCUACCACCUGAAGUAGCUCAAGAGGAGAAAGAAAAGAUUGAAAAAGCCAAGCAGAAGGAGACGGGGGACAAAACUGACAAGAAGAGCAGUAAAGAAGAGGAGGAAGAAGAAGAAGAAGAGGAAUAUGAGGCCAUUCCGCCAUCUUGUUAUGUCAAGCUCCUCAUGAAUAUUCAUGAGGAGGUCCUCCCAGCAUACCAAGUUUUCCUGUCAUCACUGUUGGUUGAGGAGGUUAAAAACCUGCCCAGAGGAGUUUACAAGUCUGGCGCGCGACAGAGACAGCAAACAGCAAGUAGGAGCAAAACCUUGGACAGCAUUCCAUCCCUGCUCUUAAAUCGAUUUGAAAGGGUGAAGCAACCAGGUCUGAAACCAGGAUUGGCAGUUGGCUUGUUAUGUUGUUUUGAACCUAAGCGAGAGACAAGCCAACGAGACGAUAAGCCGGGCAGACGUCAUGUUAUCAACAAAGGUAGAGGGUACCAACACAUGAUCAACACUCUCAUGAAUGAGGUGCGUGUUGAGUCCACCAAUUGGUUUGAGCUGAUACAGUUGCCUCAGGCGUGGAUGUCCCUCAUGCAGAAUGCCCUGCCGGCUCUCAUUCAGAGUCGAUGCGCUGAGCUUGAGCUUCAGCGAAGCCACGGCCACCUGGAUGAGAGUCCAGCUGACUUCCAGGCCAGGGUCAACACUGCAUGGCUAUGGGUACGGGAUAAACUGACUGACCAGAUCAAAACAGCUGCCAAGAGCAACUCAUUAGCUCAGAGUAACUCUGUUCUGGCCCUGGCUAGCCUAGCCGUUGUCACGACUCGUCAUUUCCUGGCCUUGGAUAAUGACGAUGACAAUGAGACCAGAUCAUCCAACCAGUCCUCAUCCCAACAUGCUGGGCAGACUCAUUGGCUUGGGGUGGUCAUAGACACACUACUCUCCCUCCUGGGCUUCAAGCCGGCAAGUGAUGCAAAGAUAUUCACCUGGUAUCAACUGCAUUCUGGUGAGCCAGGGGUCGGUUUGCCUGCUGCAGUCCAGGGCAACGCGGCCCUAGGUUUAGCCCUCCUAGCACCCUUCCUCCUGACCACCGACACCCAGCAACUGCACCGCAUCAUCGAUGUAAUGAUUGAGGGGUUACCGGGGCAACCAAAGGCUCAGCGAUCACAUGAUGCCCAGAUGCAUCAUGGGAUGGCGCUGGGCAUGCUGACUGCGAGAUUGUACGAAGAGCAUUACCUGGACUACACAGGGAGUGAGGGAGAGGUGAAAAUGAUUCGCGUGGUGGAUGCCCUCGAGUCAGCUAGUCUGAGCACCAGCGACGGCUCAACCUCCUACGGUGCGUUAUUGGGUCUGGCCCUGGCUCUCUGUGCUAUGACAACAGAGGGAGCCGUUCACACCAAGGCCCACGUGGCCAACGUGCAUCACAAGCUCAUUGCAAGGCUGGAUGGAGAAGAUAAAGAUACCUUGUUUGUUGAGGCCCUGUGUAUGUGCAUAGGAUGUGUGACAGCAGCUGGUUUCCAUAGCAACAUCAUCAGUCCCGCCGUGGCAUUUGAUGUUGCCGUCAAAUUGCAGACACGAUGCCAGGAGCACAACCAGAAUACUGGUGUGGCAGUCAGUACUGGCGUCAUGUUUCAUUGUUUGGUAGGCAGCAGUCAUCCGUCUGUAGCCCCUCUGUUAGCUAAUCUAUUCUCAACUUGGUCCUCUACCAUUGCUAAUCAGACGGCUUCAGUAUCUCAGAAGACGGGAGCAAUGUAUGGUCUGGCAGGACUUGUUACGGGCACAGGACUACUGAUGCAAAAUUGUACUCAGACUCAAAUAACAUCUGAUAUGCAAAACCAGAGGAUUGCUGUUGUUAAGCAAAUUAAUCAGGUAUUGUCUGACUGGUCGGACCCCAGCAUACAAAACACUGCAGCAUUCCUGCUGGGAUAUCUUCAUCUGGUCUCCUCCUCUGCACCAGAAAGUAACACAGGCAUUCCCGCCUCCUAUUCCUAUCUUCCUGAGACCAGCAUUCUGAGGGCCUGCAUGGACCACUUAAUCCUGGCAAGCAAGACAGGUCCUGAGCUUGUACCCCCUAGCAGACUUGAGACAUUGCUUUUGUGUCUCACUGGAAGACGGGGAGCCAUGCCUCCGCUACCUCCAGUCAACUGGACGGCUGUGCUAUCAUCCAUCAUCAGACUGCCAUAUGGUGAGAAGGUUCAUGGUUUGUGUAUGGAGCUAGCAUUGUCCCAGUGUCAGCGUCCAUCUAGUUCUCUGCUCUGUGUAACAGCAUGGUUGUCCCCUUCAAUCUUCACAACAUUCAAGGAAUCUUGUAAAUUGAUCUUGUUCGGGUCCCUUCCUGCUUUGAUGCGAGUUGUCCCAACCAGCAAACUCAAGCCCUUCAUUGAGACAAACCUAAUGGAGCCAUUCCGUGCAGUCGGGGUACACACGCUGGACCAGUGUGAAGUCAUUGUGGACAGUCUACUAGCUGCACUGAGGAUUCCUGACCCAGCGCAAGGGAUUGUUGUCAUACUCCAUAAGGCAGUCAAGGAUGUCUAUAGUCUGGUGCCGGCAACUUUGCAGAAAGCUCACGGCAGAGUUCUCGCCAAGUUGGCUCAAUGUUUGUGCCAUCUUCCAGGGCAAGAGAUUGAUGCUGUUACUUCACCUUUGGCACAGAACAGUUUGCUGAAGGCGACCUUUGUUCGGUCUUACAUCGUAUGUCAAGGCAAGCAGUCCCUGAUGUGGCUCAACCCAUGCAUUGAUGUGGCUAUGAAUGUCGCUGACACGUCACAACACCGGAGCAUGAUAUGGACAUUGCUUGUGGCCCUGGCGCAGUGCGAUUCCAACCGCAGUCAACACACAGCAUCCAUGCCACGUGUACACUGGUUGCUGGAACUCAUGGGCCACGCCAGAAAUAUUGCCCAUGCUAAGACACAGCUGGCUCCCAACAGACCAAUACACACGGCAGUACAGAUCCUACUGGAUGUCUUUGCUGCUGCAAUCGUUGCCUGGUCAUCCAGUGACUUACCCUUAAUCCUGGGCCUUGCUCCCAGCUGGUUAACUGCCCACCAUAGUGAGCAGGGACCAGGGAAGAUGAGUACCAGCGGUGUUGGGUUUCGUGUGAUUGAGCAGCAGGCCAGUGAAGAUGUGUUACAGCUCUUGCCACACAGUUUGCCCUUACUACUGAAGAGAGAGCCAUGGUCUCAGAUAACAGAUAAGGUUUUGAAUUGGUUGCUGGACAUGCAUGAUGUUGAACGCGAUAUGCUGUCACCUAACACAAAAACACACUUGAAAGCGACUAUUUUGAGCCUACGCCACACUCCGGCUUUCAAUAAUCCAGCCUGCUGGACCAGGAUUCACAGCUUAUAGUACAUCAUGAACCAGUAAGAAGGACCUUCUCCAACUAGAAGCUCAGAGGGUUCAAAACAAAAUGAAACAGCCAUAUCUGCUUGAAACAUUGGAGAGGUUAAGUCAUGUGUAUAGUACUAGAAGCUUCAUACAGUAUGCAUUCCCGUCUGUGUAUACGGAAUAGAGUUUUAAGAAAGCAUUUCAGAGAAUCCAUUAUUGGAGUACUGUCUGAAAUAUGAACCGUGUUUAAAAAUGCUGACAAUUAGUUAUGUUUCUUGAAAUAAUAUUCUUUAUUGAUUAGAUUAUAAUCUAAUUGAAGUGAAGCUCAUUGUCAAUCUCUGAUAUUUAACAUGGUCGUGAAAUGAAGAGAUUCUUUUCUCCAUUACAAGAAACUUCAAGAUCACAAGCAUCCUAUGCAUUGCAUAGGGAAAAUGCAUGCAGUGGGGGUCCUACGCAUACACAUUCUUGCGACAACUUGGAAACUUAACCUCUCCAUUGAUAAGUGUACUGGAAAUUGAUUUUUUUUUCUGGCACAAUCGACUUGUUGUUGUACAGUGCACACUGUUCAUAAAACUUCAUCAGUAAUUAAUACAUGUAAUACAUACAUGUACAAUACCUGAAAUAUGCCGAUUAUAUUUUGAUAAAGCAAUAUUUAAACUAAAGUUGGCUUUAGGGGUGCAUUUAAUUGCCGUAAUUUUGGACUAUAAGCUGCGGCUUAUACGUUGAUUUUGCUCAUGAAAAUGUUUACUGCGGCUUAUACG